AUGCACUCUCCCGACACUCUCCCUAUUGAAAUCAUCCUCGAGAUCUCCUCUUAUCUCUCCUUUAGUCAAAAGUCCAAGUUCAGCCGCACCUGUAAGCGCAUCAACGCCCUCAUCGAGCCCCAAAUAUGGACCGACAUUGAGCUGCAUGGGGAUGGCUAUCACGAGACCCGCGACCAGAUUAAAGAGCCGCAGCCUUUCAAGUCUCCCUCGGAUCGUGUAUAUAUUGUCUCUGCACCGUUCACCGUUAUCUCCACCGGUGACAAGGUCUGGGAUAUUCUGCCCUACUUUUCCAACCUCGAGGCCCUGGAGCUGUACGGCCGUUGGGAUAAGAUUGACCAAGUCACCCCUGAAGUCGAUCAUCCACCUCUCACCAAACUCCGCUUUGCAAAGUUGUUUGGGUAUAUUCCCCGGGCUGGAGCCAGAUGGGUCCUCCGCUCCGGCCCAACGCUGGAGCGCCUAGAGCUCGGGAUGCUGGACCGGCCACUCAUGACCCCACUGUAUCCUGACCGGGAUCCCGCACCCUUGCCAGAGGAGAAUCUCGCCGGUGACGACGAAUCAUCCGACUACGGGAGUUUGUCUGCGGAACACACUUUUCCUCGUCCUUUGGGUGGAUUUUUGCCUGAGGAGGGCAUAUCAAUGCCGAUCCUGCAACACCUUUAUCUGUGUUCGUCUGCUCACGUGGAGGAUGACCCUUGGGAAUCAUGGUCAGCAUGGUCAUCGCGUGCUGAAGAGGCAAGCUGUCAGGACUGGAUGGGCAUCCUCAUGGCCUCACGCCGGACGCUGCAGACACUGGUCCAAGAGCAUAAACCGACCCUCCCGGAUAUUGAGCUGGAUACCUGGUGCGAAUCAGAUUGCCUGAGAAAUUUUCACAAAAACAACGAUGGCGCUGUAAGCUCCAGGCUAGCUGAAGUGCUGGAAGCCGUCGGGGUGCACAAGGCUGAAGAGUUCCCUGAACUGACACGUGUCUACUUUUACGGCAUUAUUGUGAGCAAGAAUCUUGACAGCAGCCCUUCAGAGGAACGCCCAGUUGGACGGGUGAUGAAACGGCUGGGACAGCGUGGUGUCAGGUGUGAGGCUAGACGGGGCCAGUGGUCCAUAUUUGAGGAUCAUGGAUGGGUGGAUUGGGCGGAUUGGGAUGCGUGCAGCGACUCAAGCUCUAUUACUGAGCAUGCGGAUCCCCUUAUACUCUGGGAUGAGGUGAUAGCGAGUGUAUGA